UGGAUGGAUGGAUGAAUUUAAUGCUUGCAACACGGUCCAGAAAAAAUGGGACCAGGGCAAGAAAAGAUUAGGAAAGUUGAAGAAUGGUUAAAAACAAAACAAAAAAAAACUCCUGUUUGGAACAUUCCACAGGUGAACAGGUUAAUUGAUGAUAGUAGUAGACUGGCCUGCUAGCAGUCCAGACCUGUCUCCCUUUGAAAACGUGUGGCGCAUUAUGAAGUGCAAAAUAUAACAAUGGGGACCCCAGACUGUUGAGCAACUUGAAUUUAAAUUUUUAAUUGAAUUACUUGAAGUUGUCCAUCAAGCACGAAUGGCAAGAAUUUCACCUACAAAGCUUAAACAAUUAGUGUCCUCAGUUCCCUAAUGCUUAUUGAGUGUUGUUAAAAUGUACGGUGAUUUAACACAGUGGUAAACGUGGCCGUCCUAGCUUUUUUGGAAUGUGUUGCACGCAUCCAUUUUAAAAUGAGCGAAUAUUUGCAAUAAACAACAAAUUUUUAUCAGUGUGAACAUCUUGUCUUUGUAGUGUAUUCAAUUGAAUAUAGGUUGAAAAGGAUUUGCAAAUCAUUGUAUUCUGUUUUUACUUACGUUUUACACAACGUCCAAACUUAACUCAUUCCCUGCCAAUGCCAUCCAAAGAUGUCAUUCAGAAUCCAUCUAUUCCCUGCCAAUGCCGUCGAAAGACGUCAAUGGCAUUUUUAACGGGGAUGGGUGGGUGAGGGUCUUGUGCAUUUUAUGUAUGAUCGUCAAGCCUCUGGAUAACUGCAAUGAGGAAAGGCACCCUGUAGAGGGCAACAAUGACUUGAGGUGCACGUCCCUUCCUCAGAUUGAAGAAGAAGGAAGGGGCGGGCCGGUGGGGUGCAACAAACAAUGAGCAGAGACAAACAUAAUGGCGGAAAAGAGUGAAGACAAAAUGAAAAAGAAUCUAAAAAAAACAAAACAAAAUGGAAUGACGCCUUAGAUCAUGCGGGGGAAUAAAGGAUGAGGCUCCGAGCCGAUCGCUUUGUUGCAAAGCAAUCACGCCAUACAUAUGGCGAGAUGCUCUCGGCCGCUUGCCAGCUGAACGUCUGCUGACCAGGAUUUGAGUCAAUGGGCUCCGGAAUCGUGAUGCGUGAACUCCGUCUGGUUAGCCAGCCGAGCUCCAUCCCGAGCUUCCUCCGACGAAGACUGACAAAGUCCGACAAAGACGAAGGUAACUCGUUUGCAGCUCGUGUUAGCUAUAUUUAGCGAGCGAACACGCUCCUUCAGUCCUUGUUACAUAAAAACAUAAUCUAGUCCCACUAGUUCAGAUUACAAUGUAAGAUCUGUUGCUCGUACUGAUUUGAAUUUUCCAUUUCGACCAUCUUGCAGGAAUUCAACACCAGCGAUUCGAACGUUUUUUAGGAUUGCGACAAAGAAAAUGUGUUUUUAUUUUUACCCUUGCAAAACAUGUCAUCAAUAAAAAGUAUUCUCUAGUAAUCGUAUGUAUUUUUAAAAAAAUUUACAGGUUAUGCAUCCAGCAGAUGUUCAACUCCCAUUCCAGUACGCACUGCAGACAAAAAAGAAACAGAAAAAUCUGUGAAAUUGCUCAAAAAUGCCUGGCAGUGUACGGGUUCCCUGCUCAGGAAACGGCUGGCAGUGAAGGAGUUAAUUGGAAUUGGGGUUUGUACUAAAGAGACUGAAGGGAGUAAUCCCCCACAACUAUCGGCUGAAAUAGUGAUGUGAAAGCCUGGAAAAGCAUCAAAAAACAAGAAUGCACAAGUUUGGAGAUAUCAGUCAUGGCAGCUGAAAUGUCAUGUCUGACUGGUGUUGAUGGAGAUGACAAAGAUGCAGAUCCUGACAUCAAUGCCCUCAUCCUUCUGCAAGAACCAGUGAAAAUGACAGAAAAAUCAAUCCCUUCCAAUGACUCUUUUUACAAACCUUCCCAACAGCAAUCCAGUGUCCUAGAUGUUCUGUCAAACACUGAUAUGUUGUCCCCAGUUGGCUUGGGAAAUGGACUCUCUUUACACGAGGCUACACAGGCGGAUGACGUCAACACCAUAACGAUAGAGAAAGAUGAGGAAAAAAGCAUAACGCAGUUAAAAACUGUGCAAGACAUAGAUACAGCUGGAAUUUGGGGUUUUGAUGUAGAAUCACCAGAAAACUCAUCAGAUGGCUUAAGCAGUACCAGUGACCUCCAGUGGGACCCCCGUAGAGAGUUUAUGCACUUUCUGUGGGAAAAUCACAGUGAUUCCUCUGGUGAAGAGCCUAAAAAGGAAUUGCAGUCUCUCAACAGCCAGAGCAGAAGAAAACGGAAAAUGGACAUGGUUAUGAUGGUGGAUCCCACAGAGGACCUAUGCCCUGAUUUGACACACAAGUCAUCUCAGGAUUUUUCUGAUAAAGAAGACCAUGUGGACUCCAUUUCUCUCAACGUCAGACAGUCAAGGACUAUCUUCAAGUUUCAGACAUCACAGACGGCGAAUGUUCCAAAUUAUCCCAAUGGAACCAUGAAGGCUAUCAAGCAAGUUCUUCGCAGUGCACCUGGAAGACAUUCACACGAGGACAACCCAAGCCGUGGUCUUUCACCAUUUAAGGGGAGGCUCAUGAUAAAUUCCCAUUCUGAAGAGAGAGCUUCUUGUUACCCGUGCUCAAAAUGCAAGCUAAUUUUCAAGAAGGGCCAUCAUUUGCAACGCCAUAUGAAAAGUCACGAAGACCCGCCAAAUAAUUUGCCAAAAACCUUUAUUUGUAGAGAAUGCGGAGAGUCUUUCAGACAAAGUAGUGUACUCAUUGAGCAUGUGAAUAUACACCAUGAAAAAAGAUCAACACUACCUGACAAACUCAAAGGAUGGACUGAUGAUAAUGAAGAUAACGAUGCAAAGCUUUUCUGCCCUCAGUGCCCAUUCGGAACCAACUGCCCCAAAACGUUUGUGCAACAUGCAAAAACCCACGCGAAGGACAAGAGAAUCUUUAAAUGUGACAAAUGUAACUUCAGGACUCUGAGUUGGGCUGAUCUUCGGCGACACAUCAUACAGCACACUGAUUAUGCAGUUAGAAAACAAAUCAGGGCCAAUCAGUCUGAUAUCUUCUCCUGUAACAUUUGUACUUACAAAGCUUUUAGCAAAACUAUUUUUAAAAAUCACCUUUGGCGACGCCACCAACUAGAGUUGGAGGAAUACCAAGUCGAGCAGUUUGGUGAGAUAGACGCACAACCAUCCGAAGAGCUUCACAUUCCUCCUCGCACACCCGUAGAAGAUGCAGAGUUAACGUCAAAAAUCAUGAUCAAGAAUCAAGUCUCUUUAAAAAGAGAUUCUGCCACUGAGUCAAACGACAUUUUAGAUUUAUUCAAAAAUAACAAGAUGAAGAGAGGUUUAAAGUCCCAACUCACUGAAUCCAAACUGGACAAAUCCAUUAAUGUUCUGCUAUCACGACAAAAACAUGGAAAGAAUACUGCAGAACAGAUGAAAUCUGCUCAUGAUUCAACUAGUGGAAAUAAUUCUGAUCUAGGAGCAGCAACACCAGAUAAGGAAGAUACAACUUUAUCUACAAAUGGCCUCACAGGAUCAUCACAUGGGGCUGAAAGAGUUCCUAACAGAGGCAGUUUGCCCAACUGCAUCCCAGAUCAAUCGCCCAUCAAGAAGUCCCCAUCAAAAAGAAAGAUGUCAACACCAUACCGCAACAUGUCUGACCAAGAGUCAUGCUUCGUCUCGCCAAAUCCUUUGCCAAGCCCUAAGAGACUAAACCAAGGAGAUCUAGAAGACUGCAACAAAAAAGACAUUUUCCAUUUUAAAGAUGCAGACGAUCUUGAGAAUGGUGUCAAUCAAGAGAAUCAUAAUAUAAUUUAUACUUAUAGCAGAAGAAUGUCCAUACGUGGUGCUCUGCAGGCAUCGAAGAGACUCUUUGAGAAAGUGAAGACUGAAGAUCAGGACGACAAAGACCCCACAAUCAAAGAAGAAUGCAUUGAAACGGAAGUGUUCCAAGAAGCCUUUGAGUCCCCCCCGAUGCCGUUGACUGAAUCCUACGCGGACGACAUGCCAAAGUUGGACUUGGACUGCAAGAACUGUCCAUACUGCCCAGCAAUCUUCCAAUCGGGAGUGAGUUUGUCCAAUCACGUGAGAGGACAUCUUCACAGGGUUGGACUGACCUACACGGCACGCCAUGUUCUGACUCCCGAGCAAGUGGCUUGUGAAGACAGGCCGAAAGUUCGACGGAAGAUAGCAUCAUUCCGAAAGCUGAAAAAAGUGUUGCAGUUGCAGCCCGAUUCUGAAGAGACCGACACCCACUCCUGUCCAUUAUGUGGGGACGUGUUUGAUAAUAGGAAAGGACAGUCCAACCACGUACGUGGCCACCUCAAAAAGAUUGGUCGAGCCCAUUUAUCAAAGAACAAAUCCCCAAUAAUUGUACUCAAGGAGUUGAUGCGCAACAAGAAGGAGUAUUUGAGGGCUGUUCAUAUUCUAGGAAAGAGACGAAAUAAUUUUCAUUAUGGUGCUAAUAAUUUCACGCCAUCCUCCUAUGGAAUCCCCCAAGAUAACACUGACUCAAGGGUGUGCGCUGAUGUCAAACCACUCAUACCUGCAUUUUCAAUAUUGGAAACAGACUCUGGCAGAAGGCAAAUACAGACUAAGGUAGAGGAGCAAGAUUCGCUCACAGACACGACCGCAUUAAUAGGAAUUCUGAAGAAAAGAAAGUGCCAGGAUGAAACCAAACCCAAGGGAAUGGUGAAUAUAUCGAGGUAUUCGGUAGCAGUUUCCUCCAACGGUGAACAAAGUUCAGGAACAAGAGUCGUGUCUUCACUGCCAAUCCCAAUAUCAGAGAAAGGUGAAUUCAACCGGAAGGUGUGUGUCCACUGCGGCGCAACUUUUCACAGUGGCGUUAGCCUUUCUAACCAUCUGCGAGCAUGUGCAAAACGGAAAAGAAUGGCCUUGCUCGAGGGUACCGAGGUUGAUUGUAAAGCGAGGAGGCAGCGUUUAAGGCCCAGCUCAAAGAAGAAGGUGACUCCGUUAACACAAACUCCAGAGGAAAUGUACAGACUUACAUGCAGGUUCUGCGACCUGGUCUUCCAGGGUCCCUUGUCUGUCCAGGAGGACUGGAUCAAGCAUUUACAGAGGCACAUAAUGAACACUGGUGUCCCUCACACUGGGCUGGGCAUGGUGGAGGUCACUUCACUACAGACCACUGGCUUGGCUUCUUGUGUCAAGACGGACCCGGAGAGCUUGCAGCCGACCAACGCACUCGCUGCCUCCUGAAGACGGUGGGGCACCUUUUUUGGGGUGGCGGGGGUGUUAGAUUUUCACUAGACUGUAAGUGUAUGUACAUUUUUCACUUUUUUAGUCAAACAAGUACUGGCCAAAAGUACACUAUUGCUCUUUGUUAAGAACCUUCAUUAUUCAGGAUAUUGCCCCUUUUCUGUUUUUACAUCAUCCACCAUUUUGGAAUACACUUCCAAAUGGGACUGUUUUGUUUCAUGCAGUACGUGUCUUUUGAAGACAACUUUUACCUCAACCUUUUUCACAAUUUGGGAGCACCUCUACUGUAUCAAUUUAUAUAGCAUACUAAAAGCAAGUUUUCUACUCCAUCGUUAUAAACCCAUUGGCACUUUGUAUGGCACGGAAUUUGAGUAUUUCAAGUGAUUCGUAUGUUAAAAUUCUUUUUUAAAAAAAAAAAGGUGACAAAAUGCACAUUUGUUUGAAAUUUUUUUUUAUGUUUAUUUUAUUUUAUUUUUUUUAAAGUAUU